AUGGCACCUUCGAGAGCAUUCCUUCUCCGCCCUAUCGCCUUUGGGAAUGCGACACUGCGUCUGCCAUUGACCUCACCCCUUAUCACAAAAUUCGCCACUCCAUUAAAAAGAACACUGCAUUCUUCCACCUUGUGGUCACGCCCAGUGCGACAGCCACAACUCUGCAUAUGCAAAAGGGCGUAUUCGCAGUCAGCUAGUACCACACUCCAAGCCCCGGAUUACCUGAACGAGGCGGAAUUGCACGUCUUUAACAAGUUGAAAUCGGAGCUAGAGCCCGUAAAAUUAGAGGUUCAAGACAUCAGCGGCGGCUGCGGAUCAAUGUAUGCAAUUGAAAUUGAGUCGCCCAAGUUCAAGGGCUUGACCGUCAUCAAGCAGCACAAGAUGAUCAAUGAGGUGCUGAAGGAUGAGAUUCAGAGCUGGCAUGGCGUGCAAUUACGAACAAAGGCUGCUUGA